CGUUUUCCAGUUAACAUAUGUUAAUUUCUAUGUUCAUUUCUACCAACUGCGAUUCUCCACAAGAAAAGAAAACUAGUGCAAUAGAAAACCAGCUGAAGAUCUGUGGCUAUAAGAGCAAUGUGGAUGUCGUAGCACUGUAUCUGGCUAGACAAGGACUAAGAAAUAUCCCAAGUCUAUCACAGUUUCGCAGAUUAAAGUAUUUGUGGAUCAACAACAAUAAGAUCCAAGAUUUAACCUUCUUGAUCAAAAACUAUUACUUGACUGAACUCUAUCUCAACAAUAAUGAGCUGACAGAUAUAUCAGGUGCUCUGAAACACCUAUGUUCAUUACAGAUUCUGUUUCUUCACAACAACGAGUUAAAAAAACUUGGCAAAACAGUGAAGGAAUUGAAAGGAAUGAUAAGCUUGCAGACUCUAAACCUAUUCCAAAACCCUCUGGCAUAUGAUCCAGACUACCGGCUCUAUGUGAUAUACUUCCUUCCUUCAGUUCAGCUCCUUGACAGGAAGUUAGUUACACAGAGAGAAAGGGAGUCAGCACUUCAUCUCUAUAACCCCAAAAGGACUUGGGUCAUGCAGUCAAUAGCUUUUGGGAGGAGAGUGGAUACAUCCCUGGAGACUAUGGUGGAAUCUAGCAGAUGCACUCAAUCAGCCAGAGGACCAAUAAUACCCUCAGAUCAUGAAUUUGGAAAUAACACAAAUAAAGUACCAUUUGAGGACCCUGAAGAUGCAGUUUUAGUACGGGCAACAACAAGAUCUUUAAUGGAAUUUUCCUCUGUGGACUGGAACAAAGUAGCCACCUGUCAAGAAAGACGGCUUAAAAACAAAACAGAAGAGCCCCUUGAGAAGCUGACAGUCCAGUUUAGAUGAGAAAACCACAAUUUCUCUCUCUAAUGUUAACCCCAUAAGUAGGUUAACAGCUCAGUAAAACAAGUACACAACAACACACAUCUAAUUAAGUGAGUUUCCAGAAAAAUAAGUUAGUGUAACAUUUAUCAUAUGUAGCAUAGAGAGUGAAGAAAUUAAGAUAACAAACAAUAAAUAGCAGC